AGGCAAAAACGGCACAGGAAGCAGCAGAGUCCCAUGAGGAGGCCCUGCUUCCUCCCAUCCCCUUCCCUACUUCCCCCCAUCCCCUUCUCUGCUUCCCCCCAUCCCAAUCUCUGCUUCCUCCCAUCCCCUUCCCUGCUUUCCCCCAUCCCCUUCCCUGCUUCCUCCCAUCCCCUUCCCUGAUUCCACACAUCCCCUUCCGUGCUUUCCCCCCUCACCUUCCCUGCUUCCCCCACUCCCCUUCUCUGCUUUCCCCCAACCCCUUCCCUGCUUCCUACCAUCCCCUUCUCUGCUUUCCCCCAUCCCCUUCCCUGCUUUCCCCCAUCCCCUUCCCUGCCUCCCCCCAUCCCCUUCCCUGCUUACCCCCAUCCCCUUCCCUGCUUCCCCCCAUCCCCUUCCCUGCUUCCCCCCAUCCCCUUCUCUGCUUCCCCCCAUCCCCUUCCCUGCUUCCCCCCAUCCCCUUCCCUGCUUUCCCCCAUCCCCUUCUCUGCUUCCCCCAACCCCUUCUCUGCUUUCCCCCAUCCCCUUCUCUGCUUCCCCCCAUCGCCUUCCCUGCUUCCCCCCUCCCCUUUUCUGCUUCCUCCCAUCCCCUUCCGUGCUUCCCCCCAUCCCCUUCCCUGCUUCCCACCAUCCCCUUCUCUGCUUUCCCCCAUCCCCUUCCCUGCUUCCCCCCAUCCUCUUCUCUGCUUCCCCCCAUCCCCUUCUCUGCUUUCCCCCAUCCCCUUCCCUGCUACCCCCCAUCCCCUUCCCUGCUUCCCCCCAUCCCCUUCACUGCUUCCCCCCAUCCACUUCUCUGCUUUCCCCCAUCCCCUUCUCUGCUUCCCCCCAUCCCCUUCUCUUCUUUCCCCCAUCCCCUUCCCUGCUUCCCCCCAUCCCCUUUCCUGCUUCCCCCGAUCCCCUUCCCUGCUUCCCCCCAUCCCCUUCCCUGCUUCACCCCAUCCCCUUCCCUGCUUCCCCCCAUCCCCUUCCCUGCUUCCCCCCAUACCCUUCCCUGCUUCCCCCCAUCCCCUUCUCUGCUUCCCCCCAUCCCCUUCCCUGCUUCCCCCCAUCCCCUUCCCUGCUUCCCCCCAUCUCCUUCCCUGCUUUCCCCCAUCCUCUUCCCUGCUUCCCCCCAUCCCCUUCCCUGCUUCCCCCCAUCCCCUUCCCUGCUUUCCCCCAUCCUCUUCCCUGCUUCCCCCCAUCCCCUUCCCUGCUUCCCCCCAUCCCCUUCCCUGCUUCCCCCCAUCCCCUUCUCUGCUUCCUCCCAUCCCCUUCCCUGCUUCCCCCCAUCCCCUUCCCUGCUUCCCCCCAUCCCCUUCCCUGCUUCCCCCAUCCCCUUCACUGCUUCCCCCCAUCCCCUUCUCUGCUUUCCCCCAUCCCCUUCUCUGCUUCCCCCCAUCCCCUUCUCUUCUUUCCCCCAUCCCCUUCCCUGCUUCCCCCCAUCCCCUUCCCUGCUUCCCCCCAUCCCUUUCCCUGCUUCCCCCCAUCCCCUUCUCUGCUUUCCCCCAUCCCCUUCUCUGCUUCCCCACAUCCCAUUCCCUGCUUCCCCCCAUCCCCUUCUCUGCUUCCCCCCAUUCCCUUCUCUGCUUCCCCCCAUCCCCUUCCCUGCUUCCCCCCAUCCCCUUCUCUGCUUCCCCCCCAUCCCCUUCCCUGCUUUCCCCCAUCCCCUUCUCUGCUUCCCCCCAUACUCUUCUCUGCUUCCCCCCAUCCCCUUCUCUGCUUUCCCCCAUCCCCUUCCCUGCUUCCCCCCAUCCCCUUCCCUGCUUCCCCCCAUCCCCUUCUCUGCUUUCCCCCAUCCUCUUCUCUGCUUCCCCCCAUCCCCUUAUGUACUUUCCCCCAUCCCCUUCCCUGCUUCCCCCCAUCCCCUUCCCUGCUUCCCCCCAUCCCCUUCCCUGCUACCCCCCAUCCCCUUCUCUGCUUUCCCCCAUCCUCUUCUCUGCUUCCCCCCCAUCCCCUUCUGUGCUUUCCCCCAUCCCCUUCCCUGCUUCCCACCAUCCCCUUCUCUGCUUUCCCCCAUCCCCUUCCCUGCUUCCCCCCAUCCUCUUCUCUGCUUCCCCCCAUCCCCUUCUCUGCUUUCCCCCAUCCCCUUCCCUGCUACCCCCCAUCCCCUUCCCUGCUUCCCCCCAUCCCCUUCACUGCUUCCCCCCAUCCACUUCUCUGCUUUCCCCCAUCCCCUUCUCUGCUUCCCCCCAUCCCCUUCUCUUCUUUCCCCCAUCCCCUUUUAUGCUUCCCCCCAUCCCCUUUCCUGCUUCCCCCGAUCCCCUUCCCUGCUUCCCCCCAUCCCCUUCCCUGCUUCACCCCAUCCCCUUCCCUGCUUCCCCCCAUCCCCUUCCCUGCUUCCCCCCAUACCCUUCCCUGCUUCCCCCCAUCCCCUUCUCUGCUUCCCCCCAUCCCCUUCCCUGCUUCCCCCCAUCCCCUUCCCUGCUUCCCCCCAUCUCCUUCCCUGCUUUCCCCCAUCCUCUUCCCUGCUUCCCCCCAUCCCCUUCCCUGCUUCCCCCCAUCCCCUUCCCUGCUUUCCCCCAUCCUCUUCCCUGCUUUCCCCCAUCCCCUUCCCUGCUUCCCCCCAUCCCCUUCCCUGCUUCCCCCCAUCCCCUUCACUGCUUCCCCCCAUCCCCUUCUCUGCUUUCCCCCAUCCCCUUCUCUGCUUCCCCCCAUCCCCUUCUCUUCUUUCCCCCAUCCCCUUCCCUGCUUCCCCCCAUCCCCUUCCCUGCUUCCCCCCAUCCCUUUCCCUGCUUCCCCCCAUCCCCUUCUCUGCUUUCCCCCAUCCCCUUCUCUGCUUCCCCACAUCCCAUUCCCUGCUUCCCCCCAUCCCCUUCUCUGCUUCCCCCCAUUCCCUUCUCUGCUUCCCCCCAUCCCCUUCCCUGCUUCCCCCCAUCCCCUUCUCUGCUUCCCCCCCAUCCCCUUCCCUGCUUUCCCCCAUCCCCUUCUCUGCUUCCCCCCAUACUCUUCUCUGCUUCCCCCCAUCCCCUUCUCUGCUUUCCCCCAUCCCCUUCCCUGCUUCCCCCCAUCCCCUUCCCUGCUUCCCCCCAUCCCCUUCUCUGCUUUCCCCCAUCCUCUUCUCUGCUUCCCCCCAUCCCCUUAUGUACUUUCCCCCAUCCCCUUCCCUGCUUCCCCCCAUCCCCUUCCCUGCUUCCCCCCAUCCCCUUCCCUGCUACCCCCCAUCCCCUUCUCUGCUUUCCCCCAUCCUCUUCUCUGCUUCCCCCCCAUCCCCUUCUGUGCUUUCCCCCAUCCCCUUCCCUGCUUCCCCCCAUCCCCUUCCCUGCUUUCCCCCAUCCCCUUCCCUGCUUCCCCCCAUCCCCUUCCCUGCUUCCCCCCAUCCCCUUCUCUGCUACAACAGACCUCAACACAGCUAG